UGAAAGGCAGAGAUGCUUUAUCUCCUGUAGCAGGCUGAGAUGUGAGCUCUGUUAUUACCUCAUCUUACAGAAGAGGAAACUGAGUCUCAGAAGUGGGUGCACACCCAGGGCUACAAGGUGGCUCAGAAGCAGGACUGCUAUUUCUCUUGGCUUUCCUGAGGGGGCUGGCCCAGGACAACUCUCGGGCUGUCAUUCUGAGCUGUCUCCAGUGGUGCGGAGAGAAGGGAGGGCAGGAGGAGGAGACUGGGGUCUACCCAGUUGCUCUUGAGCUCCUCGCAGUCCCCGCCUGCACCCAGGAGAGCCAGUAGGACCCAGACCAAAGGUCUUUCACUCAGGCCAAGAGGUGGACUUCUUGGGGCCCAGGAUGCAGAGGUGGGAGCUGUGGGCCUUGGCCACCAUGACCCUCCUCUCUGCACAGGCCUUUCCACAAGCAGACAUCAGUAUCAGCCCAGCCAUGCCAGAGCUGCCUCAGGCUUCCCAGUGCCCACUGUUCUGGACGGAGUUCAAAGGCCACUGCUAUCGAUUUUUCCCUCUCAAUAAGACCUGGGCCGAGGCUGACUUCUACUGUUCUGCAUUCUCCAUCAGCUGGAAGUCCGCCAAACUGGCCUCCAUCCACAGCUGGGAGGAGAACGUCUUUGUGUAUGACCUUGUGAACAGCUGUGUUCCUGGGAUCCCAGCUGACAUCUGGACAGGGCUUUAUGACCAUAGACAGGAAGGGCAAUUUGAAUGGACCCAUGGCUCAUCCUAUGACUACAGCUACUGGGCUGGGAGCCAGCCAGAUGAUGGUGUCCAUGCCAGGCCAGGAGAGGAGGACUGCGUGCAGAUGUGGUACCGGCCCACCAGCGCUCUGAGGUCAUGGAAUGAUAACACCUGCAGCCGAAAGUUCCCCUUUGUCUGCAAGAUUGCAUCUCCGACCACUCACUGACCCAGUCUUGGCUCUCCGAGUGAGCCCAACUCUAGCAUCAUCUUAUAGCUGUGCCUAGUGUAGAACUGACAAUAAAUGUAAAACACAGAGGAGAUAAAUAUCCUAGACUGAGAUUUUAAACAAGCAAAUCUUGACAGAGAGUGGUUACUUGGUCACAAGUGACAGGAAACCCAAUUCAAACUGGCCUAAGAAAUUAAAAAGAGUGGUGGAUUUAUUGAUCCAAAGAACAAAAGGCUGGGGGCCGAUCUAGAUUCAGAGUCGACUCUCAUUGGCCUGGGUUGGGGCGCGUGCGCACUGCGGCAGCACUCGCUCUGGCCAGUGCUGCUUGGACUGGCUUGGAUGCCCAUCGCUGAGGCAGAGACGGGAGCCAAUCAGUGUCGCCAACCACAAGAGCCCAAAGGGGAGGGUCG